AUGGAGAUCGAAUCUGUGAAAUGUGAGUGUUGUGGUCUAAUGGAAGAUUGCACACAAGAUUACAUUAGUGAGGUUAAAUCUAAUUUCGACAACAAAUGGCUAUGUGGUCUCUGCUCCGAAGCUGUGAGAGACGAAGUGAGUCGCCGGAAGUUGACAACCGUUGAAGAAGCCGUUAAGGCCCACGUGUCGUUUUGUGGGAAGUUUAAAGAUAACCCGGCGGUUUAUGUCGCCGACGGUAUGAGGCAGAUGUUACGGAGGAGAUCCGCCGAUUUGACUUCCUCUGCCUCCAAGAAGUUGAGCAGAUCUAACAACACCAACCUCUACUAA